AUGGAAGACGUCGAUUGCAGAUAUCUGGGCGGCAAUGGUGCAGAUUAUAAAGAAUUGCGCAACUUUGACAAUAUUCGUCAGAUCACCAUGUUUCCUAUACUACUAGCUGCUAUUCGUGCUGCGAUUGGAGACAAGCUUCUUUCAAUUGCUGUGCUAGGAAAGCAAGGCCAGUCGGUUCUCCCAUCUUUCAAAAGCAUGAGCUUACAAGCAAUAUGCGAUAUGCUUGGGUACACACAAAAGAGUGGACCUCAGGUACGGCCGUCUGUUGACUUCAUCAACGUGAUGGGCUACAACCUGAUGAACCGCCAUGGCAAGAUAAAAAAGCAUCACACUUCUGUUGUCAAUUCGAAAACAACAACCAAGGACUACCUCGCGAGAGUUGUUCCAUCCGAGAAGCUCAAUAUCGGUUUCGCAUACUACGCAAAGUACUUCACUAUACAAGGCAACUGCAGUUCCAGCCCCCUCAACUGCCAUAUCGCCAUCGUCGAAGAUCCCUGGUGCCAUGGCACGUUCACAUCUGGCGCCUGGAUUUUUGAGGAGUUUCAUAUGCACCCCGUCGAUACCCCGCAAUAG